CCAUUUUAGUUUCUUUAUUGACAAAGGAUUCUGAUAAACCCAUUUGGGGUUUUUCCCCUCUGGAUCCCACCUCCACUAGCCUGACAAAUUGAUACUGCUCUGCCAGAUAUACAGUACAAGGAAAGCAUGUGAUGCCUGUAUGAUUCAAGGGAAAGUCCUUUUUGACAUGCUUUCUUCAAUUGUCAAAAUGGGAUGGGGCAGCUUUUGCACUGAAAGCAGUUGUGUAAACUAAAGUACAAGAACUUCCCAAAUGUUUAAAGACUGUUAAUCAUGAGGCUGAUUCUAUUCGCAUAUGCAUUCAAAGUUGCAUAUUGAAGUAUUUCAUUUUCAGGUUCUUACUUUUGUACAGGCAGGGGUUAUUCUGAAUUGCCUUUAAUGCACACAACUACCUCCCAGAGGAAGACUUGUCCCAUUCUUCCAAAAAUAGUUCAUUAUGAACAUAAUGGAAAAUAGCCCUUUCUUGGCUAGCAUCAUGAAGCAGAGUGCUUUGUGCGGUGAACUGAAGUAUGACUUGUCCUGUGAACUCUACAGAAUGUCGACGUUUUCUACCUUCCCUGUUAACGUGCCACUGUCAGAACGGAGUCUUGCCCGGGCUGGGUUUUAUUACACUGGCGUGCAAGAUAAAGUUAAGUGCUUCAGUUGUGGCUUAACAUUGGAUAACUGGCAACCAGGAGAUAAUGCUAUGGAAAAACAUAAACAGCUGUAUCCUAGCUGCAGUUUUGUUCAAAACAUGCUUUCGGUUAACAACCUGGGACUGUCCUCUCGUUCUGCCUUUUCGCCUCUGGUCACAAACAGUCUCUCACCAUCUCUACAUUCCAUAACACUUUCUCCAAGUUUAGAACAAGUUGGAUAUUUCAGUGGCUCUUUUUGCAGUUUUCCUCAAGACCCAAUAACUACGAGGGCAGUUGAAGACCUUUCAUUCUUGAGACCUAAACUUCACAAUCCUUCAAUGAGUACAGAAGAUGCUAGACUACGCACUUUUCACUCAUGGCCACUGACGUUUCUCUCGCCCACUGAUCUGGCAAAGGCUGGGCUUUAUUACUUGGGGACAGCAGACAAAGUUGCUUGUUUCACCUGUGGUGGUCAACUGAGUAACUGGGAACCAAAAGAUAAUGCUAUGUCAGAGCAUCGGAGACACUUUCCUAAAUGCCCUUUUGUGGAAAACCUUACCCGAGACCAGCCAAGUUUCAAUGUUUCAAAUGUGAGCAUGCAAACCCAUGAAGCACGUGUUAAAACAUUCAUAAAUUGGCCAACUAGAAUUCCAGUUCAGCCUGAACAGCUUGCAGAUGCUGGCUUUUACUAUGUAGGCCGCAAUGAUGAUGUCAAGUGUUUUUGCUGUGAUGGUGGGUUAAGGUGCUGGGAAUCUGGAGAUGAUCCAUGGAUUGAGCAUGCAAAGUGGUUUCCAAGGUGUGAGUAUCUGCUCCGUGUAAAAGGAGGGGAGUUUGUAAGUCAAAUUCAGGCCAGGUUCCCCCAUCUUCUUGAACAGCUCUUGUCAACCUCUGAUACGCCUGUAGAUGAAAACAUUGAUCCCGCAAUUAUUCAUUUUGAACCUGGAGAGAGUCAUUCAGAAGAUGCAAUCAUGAUGAACACGCCUGUGGUUAAAGCUGCCUUGGAGAUGGGAUUCAGUAGAAGGCUAAUAAAGCAAACAGUGCAAAGUAAAAUCUUGGCCACUGGAGAAAACUACAAGACUGUUAAUGAUCUUGUGUCUGAUCUGCUCACUGCUGAAGAUGAGAAGAGGGAAGAAGAGAAAGAGAGACAGUUUGAAGAAGUGGCAUCAGAUGAUUUGUCCUUAAUACGGAAGAAUCGAAUGGCUUUAUUCCAACGUUUAACAUGCGUACUUCCAAUCCUCGGGAGUUUAUUAUCAGCUAAAGUGAUUACGGAACUUGAGCAUGAUGUUAUUAAGCAGAAGACUCAGACACAAUUGCAAGCAAGGGAACUGAUAGAUACAGUUUUAGUGAAAGGAAAUGAAGCAGCCAGCAUAUUUAAAAACUGUCUACGAGAUUGUGACCCUGUACUGUACAAAGAUUUAUUUGUGGAGAAGAACAUGAAGUAUGUUCCCACUGAAGAUGUUUCAGGUUUACCUAUGGAAGAACAACUAAGAAGAUUGCAAGAGGAAAGAACAUGUAAAGUUUGCAUGGACAAAGAAGUUUCUAUUGUUUUUAUUCCAUGCGGUCACUUAGUGGUAUGCAAAGAAUGUGCACCGUCCCUUAGAAAAUGCCCUAUUUGCAGGGGGACAAUAAAGGGUACAGUUCGUACAUUUCUUUCGUAAAGAGGGAAACUUGCAAAAUGUCUUUGUUCCUUCAUCCUCCAACUGCUGAAGCUUAAGCCAGCAGUGUCUUAAGAAUGGAAAAUUGUGGUACAGAAGAUGAUUAAUCAACUACCUAACACUGUUGUGUAAUAGUAAACAUCAUUAUGAACAUACUAGGUCUUCCUUGCCAAAGACUAUUUCUGUUCAUAAAACUAACUCAAUACUAAAGUGAAGUUUUUGUAGCUUUCCUUUCCGAGUAAGGAAAGCAGUUUCACUAGUAUGCCCUUGUGUCAGUUUGAAUAAAAAGCUUUCUGGUUGAGUUCCUAAAAUGGUGCUUGGCAUAACUCUUCUGAUGAGUUUCCUCCAUGUGGAUGUGAG